AUGGAUUGCGAGCGUCCCCGCCACCAAGUUUGUUGGGCCUAUUUACUGAUUACUCGGAAUCCAAGACGGAGGCACGCGGUGUGCAAAAAACCCAAGACAGUUGCAUGCGGUACGCAGAAACCCAAGACGGUGGCACGUGUUACGCUUAAAACCGAUGACGGUGGCACUCGGUACGCUGAAACCCAGGACGGUGGUACGCGAUACGCAGAAACCCAAGACAUUGACAGCCGAUACGCUGAACGCCAGGUGGUCUGCGGUACACAGAAACCCAAGACGGUGGCACGGGGUAUGCUGAAACCUAAGACGUUGUCACGCGGUACGCAGAAACCCAAGACGGUGGCACGCAAUACGCAUAAAUCCAAGACGGUGACAUGCGAUACUUAUAAACCCAAUACGGACACACGCAGAACGCAGAAAUCCAAGACUGUAGCCCGCGAUACGCAAAAAUCCAAGACGGUGGCACGCGGUACGCAAAAACCCAACACGGUGACAUGCUGUACGCAGAAACCAAAGACUGUGGCACGCGGUACGCAGAAACACAACACGGUGACACGCGAUAUACAGAAACCCAACAUGGUUACACGCGGUACGCAGAAACCCAACAUGGUUAAACGCGGUACGCAGAAACUUAAGACUUUGGCAAGCGACACGAAUAAAUCCAAGACUGUGGCACACAGUUUACAGAAACCAAAGACAAUGAAGUGCGUUACGCAAAAACCCAACACGGUGGCCCGCGGUACGCAGAAACCCAACAUGGUUACACGCGGUACGCAGAAACCCAACAUGGUUAAACGCGGUACGCAGACACUUAAGACUUUGGCACGCGACACGAAUAAAUCCAAGACUGCGGCACACAGUUUACAGAAACCAAAGACAAUGAAGUGCGUUACGCAGAAACCCAACACGGUGGCUCGCGGUACGCAUAAACCCAACACGGUGGCCCGCGGUACGCAGAAUCCAACACGGUGGCCAGCGGUACGCAGAAACCCAACACGGUGGCCCGCGGUACGCAGAAUCAAACACGGUGGCCAGCGGUACGCAGAAACCCAACACGGUGGCCCGCGGUACGCAGAAACCCAACACGGUGGCCCGCGGUACGCAUAA